AUGACAUACACGACGUUAUAUGACGGUUUAAACUCUGGGUUCCAAGUUGGGCAAAACCUUGGUCACAUCACUAAUCAGUUCCUACAAUCAGAAACAUCAUUGAAUCAGGCGUGCCUGCGGGAUCUGCGGACGACCGAUCCUCACCACGACAAAAAUCGUAUUCAGAACACCAACGGAGGACUGCUCAAAGACUCCUACUGCUGGAUUCUAGACAACAAGGAGUUUCAACAAUGGCAAGACGGCCAGAGCGACUGUCUCCUCUGGAUCAGAGGUGAUCCGGGCAAAGGAAAAACAAUGCUGCUGUGCGGUAUCAUCGAUGAAUUAACACGAUUAUUUGGGGACACUGCGAAUAUCUCGUUCUUUUUUUGUCAAGCUACCGAUGUGCGAAUCAACAAUGCCACGGCUGUUCUCCGUGGCUUAAUAUAUUCGCUUGUCAAAAAGCAGCCAUUCCUUCUCUCCCAUGUGAAAAUCCUGUAUGACCACGCGGGAAAAGCAUUGUUCGAGGAUAUGAACGCAUGGAACGCUCUUUCACGGAUUUUCAGGGAUAUUCUGAAAGACCCGAUUUUACAGAGCACCUUUUUGAUUAUUGACGCGCUGGACGAAUGCAUAACAGGACUACCUUCCCUUCUCGACUUGAUUACUCAGAUUUCGUCUGCUUACCCACAGAUAAAGUGGAUUGUCUCGAGCCGCAACUGGCCUGAUAUUGAAGAGCGUCUUGGCACUACCUACACCACUCCGAUCUCUUUAGAGCUCAAUGAUGCGUCUGUGGCUGAAGCUGUGAGCAAAUUUAUUCAACACAAAGUUCACUAUCUGGCGAAAGUGAAGAAGUAUAACGAUGAAACUCGUGAUACGAUCUGCCGUCACUUGUCAUCCAACUCGCAAGGAACUUUCCUUUGGGUGGCCUUGGUCUGUCAAGAUCUUGAUAGAACAUCGCGGUGGCACGCUCAUAAGAAGUUGGAGGCAUUUCCUCCUGGACUGAAUGCCUUGUACGGUCGAAUGAUCGAUCAGGUUCGGAACUCGGAAGAUGCCGAGAUCUGCAAGCGGAUACUGGCUGUUAUGUCCAUAGUGUAUCGGCCUAUCGCGUUUGACGAAUUGGCUUCUCUUGUUGAGCUACCUGAUGAACUCUCUGAUGACUCUGAAGCCCUAUCAGAGAUUAUCGCGACUUGUGGUUCGUUUUUGGCUGUACGUGAAGAUACUGUCAUUUUCGUCCAUCAGUCUGCAAAGGAGUUCCUACUCAGAGAGACGCAAAAUGGGGUUUUCCCUGGAGAUAUGGAGGCUGAACACCAUAAAGUUUUCUCUCGUUCUCUUCAAAUCAUGUUUAAGUCACUUCGGCGCGACAUAUUUCAACUUGAGUUUCCUGGGUGUCCGAUCGAGGAAAUCAAACCACCUAGUCCGAAUCCAUUAGCAGCUGCAAAGUAUGCGUGUGUCUAUUGGGUUGACCAUCUUCACCAUAGCGGAUGCUAUGAAAAAGAUGAUCUUGGUGUUGAUGAGAGAGGGUGUGUGGAUGAUUUCCUACGAGAAAAGUUCCUUCACUGGAUUGAAGCCCUGAGCAUUCUAGGAAGUAUAUCACAAGGUAUAGCAGCUAUGCUAAAGCUUGAUGCCUUUUUUCGAGUGAGUCUUUGGUUUUAA